AUGUGGGCAGACCUCGUUUCCCCGUGGGCUCCUGUCUCCCUCAUCCUGCAGUACCAGGGCUCCAGACCCACCUGGGGCAGAGGCAAAGCUUGUCACAAACAGCCCGAGGUGUCUUCCGAUGAGCAGAGACGCAAGAGGAAAGGCAGGGCAGUGUCCCUGGAGACCCUGGUCAGGAGCUUGCCCCAUCUGGCCCCAGACGUAGAGGGACCAAGACUCACACGAAACUUCUCGCCCCGUCUUCAGCCUCAGGGAGGAGAAGGUGGAGCCCGCGCCACCGCGAUCACCAUCCCCCGUUCCGUCCGCACGUCUCUCCGAGCACCCGCUAGGCGCCAGGUGCUCUGCUGGGCAUGCGGUCGUGGAAGCCCGGCCGGCUGGCAGCCAGGCCUCCUGCAGCAAACAUGCCUGCUCGCGUCUGUCGUGACGAUCGCCAGUGGACUAACUGAGCAGGUGGUCAACAGCAGGCCGGUCCAGCGGCGUGGGAUGCCGUCGGGGCCCCCCACCCCCGCUCCUGCCUUCCUCCCCAACUGUUGCACCAGCUCCACCUCUCGCCCUGCCCUGGAAGUGCCCGCCUAA